CAGUCAGCCUAAAGGUGGGUGGAAUUUGCUUUAGCUAAUUGAAACUCUUUGAUGCCGCGUGUUUGUUUGAUACAGGACUAAUUCACGAAGUAACACAACUGUCAGAGAAAACUGUUUUGUACCGUUUUGUGAUGAUACUUGUCAAUUUAUCCAGCUUCAUUUUGUACACGUUUUCUCCCAUUUAAAAAAAACUGCAAGCUAACAGGAUUAGCUCAUUUAUGCUAUGUUACCGAUUCUCUAUGUUUACAGGGACAGACCAGCUCCUCUUUAGCCACCUCACCUGCUGUGUCCUGUUCAUGCUGCUACAAAAGCUGCUGGGAGUUUCUUAGAAUCAGGGAAAUUGAGCUUCUUCCUUCAGGUCUCUUCAUCACAUCUUAACUUCACCUAUCAGCAUGAGUGACCCUUGGCAGGAGUGUAUGGACCUUUGUGUUGAGGUCACCAAAAGGGCUGGGAAGAUGAUCCGUGAGGCGCUCCAAAAGGACAUUGCAGUCAUGCAGAAGAGCUCACCAGUUGACCUGGUGACCGAGACGGACCAGAAAGUGGAGCAGCUCAUUAUAUCUUCCAUCAAGGAAAAGUACCCAACGCACAGGUACCCUGCUUCUCUGGGACGCUCCUCUGCUUCCUUCUAUGUCAUUCUGGUCGUGCCUGAGAAAGAGCUGUGGUCCAAAAAUGCGAUUUUCUUCAUAGGUGAGGAGUCAGUGGCUGCAGGCGCCCCCAGCGUUCUGACCGACAAUCCCACUUGGAUCAUCGACCCUAUUGAUGGCACCACUAACUUUGUUCACAGGUUCCCAUUUGUGUCUGUAUCAAUUGGCUUCGCAGUGAAGAAAGAGAUCGAGUUUGGGAUUGUCUACAGCUGCAUCGAGGACAAAAUGUACACUGCACGGAAAGGAAAGGGCGCGUUCUGCAACGGAGUCCCGAUCAAGGUGUCCGGUCAAGAAGAUGUGACCAAAUCUCUGGUGCUGACAGAAAUGGGCUUCAAGAAGGAUCCUGAGCACUUCAAAAUAAUGUUGGCCAACGUCAAGACCAUCCUCACUAUCCCUGUUCAUGGAGUGCGCUCGCCCGGCAGCGCGGCUGUCAACAUGUGCCUGGUGGCGUGCGGGGCGGCGGACGCGUACUACCACAUGGGCAUCCACUGCUGGGACAUGGCCGGGGGGGCGGCGGUCGUUACCGAAGCCGGAGGAGUAAUCAUGGACAUCUCAGGCGGACCGUUCGAUCUGAUGUCCCGCAGGCUGAUCGUGGCGAGCAGCCGGGCGAUAGCCGAGCGCAUCGCAAAGGAGGUAACGGAGUUUUCCGUGGGCAGGGACGACACAGAGGGCUAAAGAAUCCCAUCAGAUAACCAAACAAGUCUCAAGUGUCCCUUAAGAACCAAAAAAAUGCACUUACCUCUGAAGGACAGUGAAUUAGUUCAACUCCUACCCUUCUUUUUAAGUUGUUGUUGUACUUCAGCUCACAGACAUUGAGGCUUUUGUUGCUGCAUUUUUAAAAAAUCACUUAACCGCUCCAUAUCUGUUCUCACUUACCUGACUGAAGCCGAGACAAGGAAAAAAGGCAUUUCUCCAUAAAUGACCUCAACAGCUACAGCUUAAUGUUCAGGGUUGACCAGUGGCGUUGCUUUUUCCCUGCGAAAUACGUCGAUUUAACUCGGAAAGAGGUGUUUUUUUUUAAAGUGUCCCCGUCAUAACCGGUUUGCACAAUACUUAGGAUUAGGAUGUGUGCACCAGUAAGUUCACAUUAAACUGUUGUGCUGUGUAACCGUCCACAUUAAGAUAACACCUCAAACACACAGCAGGUGUAAGAAGUGCAGUGUAUGCAAGUGUAAUGUGUUUUUAAAGUAUGUAAUAAAUGAAGUGAAUAAAAAGCACUAUAAAUAUCCCCGUUACCUCCGACCCGCCCCUGAUUUAGGCUAACGUGAGCAGUCAUGUAACCGCAGCACAGCAUUGGCAUGCAGGCACAUGUUAUCGUCAUAAACUGGGGACGGAGCAGUUUAUUGGCAGCAGAACCGGAGUCUGUGAGGGAAUGUUUCUGCAGGAAAUAUGCUGACAAGCCAAAGUGCAAUCCCUAUGAACAUGAGAGUGUCAUGACUCGUCCCGUUGAAAUAUGUAAUUCAUUUGUUAAAGAGAAAAAAAAGAACAAGUAAGAAAAACAAAGACGUCUCUCAUGUUGUUGCUUCAUUCAAACAUUCUUGUAAAAUUCUCCUCCUCCACUGCGAGAACACAAAAGGCUCCUUUGCCUCUGCACAUGUUGCUGUGAACUCCCUCUUUAUUCCAAACUCCUCCAAGCUCAAACGUCACUGUGGCCCGAAUCUACGAUGUGUUGCUUUGACCUAGAAAAAAAACGAGAUAAAUCCAUAAAACGAAAAGCAUUAACGAGGGGGAAGGGUCUCUGGUGGCUAACAGGAAAAACCAAAUAAAGAAAAAAAGCAGGGUCUCUUGGACAGGAAAAUGUCAGGAAAAGAACACCGUGUUGUUAUUUAGAUAAAAGCCGUGGCACCAUGUGGAAUUCUCCACUGCUUUGCCUACUAACUUCUCAGUCGGAGUCACAGACUCUGCACCCGCUCA